UUCCGGGUGGGCAGUGGAAGCCCUGGUACUCUGCUGCUGUUUUGUGGACGAGAGGGCCCGUUCCGGAGUCGGAGGGUUGCCUGUCUAACAUUAUGAUUGCAGGGAAGUGGUGCAAGCGGCGCUGUGCGUGCGUGGCGUGCGGCUCUGCAUCGCAACAAUCCGUCGCUGCAAAACUGCGGGGAACACGCAUUCCCUCCCCCCCCCAUACAAUCUAUAAUGGGGGGGGGGGGGGCGUAGGUGCAUUUUAAUAACCUGCAAGGCGGGAAGAGCAUUUAAUUAUUAUUUUAAUUUUUGCACAUUUGGGGUGCACGGAAAGAAAAAUUCCCGAUUUUUUUUAAUUGGACAGGGGCUAACGACGUGACGUAAGGUGUUUUCUGGCUUUUGGAAGUGUAUGACGUCAUAUGCAAUAGAGUCCUAUAGAAAAAUGGUGUCUUUUUACACGGGCUGUAGAGUGACUGAAAGUUAUUUGGAUUCACAAAAUCCUGGGUGAUGCAUUGGUGAUUUAGAGUAAUGCUAUCUCAAAAAUGGAUGUAGAGAAAGAUUCUGGACGAAGAUUGCGCACAUUUUGUAGAAGGCGGUAUGACAAUGAGGACCUCUCAGACGAUGACAUAGCCAGCAUGAGGACUUUUGAUGUGGAGGAAAAGCUUAGUAUUGCCUCAUACAAUUCAAGUUACGUGCACUUUAUGAAAGGAAAAGAUUUUACCCUUGAAUAUGUGCAGAGAGAGACUAUCAAGGUCCCCAUUAUCUUCAGGGACAAAGAUGGUCUAGGAAUCAAAACACCAGAUAGCGAUUUCAGUGUCAGAGAUGUAAAACUAUUUGUUGGGAGUCGCCGUGUUGUGGAUGUCAUGGAUGUGAGUACCCAGAAAGGAAUUGAGAUGAGUAUGUCACAAUGGGUUAAGUACUAUGAAACACCAGAGAUGGAAAGAGAGAAGCUGUAUAAUGUCAUCAGCCUGGAAUUCAGUCAUACAAAACUUGAGAAUCUGGUCAAACGGCCCAAUGUGGUGGACCUGGUGGAUUGGGUGGACAACAUGUGGCCACGGCAUUUAAAAGAGAAGCAAAUGGACUCAACAAAUGCAAUAGCAGAAAUGAAAUAUCCAAAAGUUCAGAAGUACUGCUUAAUGAGCGUCAAAGGGUGCUACACAGAUUUUCAUAUUGAUUUUGGUGGCACUUCUGUCUGGUAUCAUAUUCUUCGAGGAGGGAAGGUAUUCUGGUUAGUUCCCCCAACUUCGCACAAUCUGGAGAUUUAUGAAGAGUGGGUUCUGUCGGGAAAACAAGGUGAUAUUUUCCUUGGGGACAGAGUGGACGGAUGCCAACGGAUUGAGUUAAAACAAGGAUAUACAUUUUUGAUCCCUUCAGGAUGGAUCCAUGCCGUAUACACUCCAGUAGAUACGUUGGUUUUUGGUGGAAAUUUCCUGCACAGCUUUAAUAUUCCUAUGCAACUUCAUAUCUAUGGAAUUGAGGAUCGAACUCGGGUUAAUGCCAAGUUCCGCUAUCCUUUCUACUAUGAAAUGUGCUGGUAUGUCCUGGAAAGAUAUGUGUUCUGUUUGACGAAAAGGUCUUAUCUCACCAAACAAUACCAGAGGGAAUCAAUGUUAAUUGAUACAGAGAAGAAACCAAAUACAGAGAGUCCUUCAUCAGAUUCCCGUCUAGAUAUGGAUGAAGAAUCUUCUGAUGUACGAAUCAAGGAGGAGAAAGAUGAGACGAGAGAUAAAAUGAGCCUUCAAAGCACAAAAGCAUUUGGUGAUGAUUCGCCUUCUCCUAACAGUGCACAUUCAGAAGGAAAUGAAAGCUCUGGAAAGACACCGAAAAUGACAAAGCGUUUAAAGCGGACUUUGUCCAAUGAUUCAGAUGACAGCACUAAGUCACCAAUGCUGACAGACUGUCCAAAAACACCAAGUGGGUCUCCUGACCCAUCUCAGCCAGCAUCUGAAGGAUCUAAUAAAUGGAUUCACCUUACAGAAUUUGAGUUGAAAGGGUUAAAAGCACUUGUGGAAAAACUGGAGUCCUUGCCAGAGAAUAAAAAAUGUGUCCCUGAAGGGAUAGAAGAUCCUUAUGCCCUUCUGGAGGAUAUGAAGACUGUACUGGAGGAACAUGCUGAUGAUGAUCAGAAGCUGGCUAUCACCGGGGUCCCAAUUGUAACAUGGCCAAAGAAGGCAGUGAAGCAUCGAGCAGUAGGAAGGCCAAAAGGAAAGCUUGGAACUUCUGCAGCUGUGAAGCUUGCUGCGAACAGGGCUACAGCUGGAGCGCGCAGGAGGAGAACAAGGUGUCGAAAAUGCGAGGCAUGCCGAAGAACAGAAUGUGGGGAGUGCCAUUUCUGCAAGGACAUGAAGAAGUUUGGAGGACCAGGGAGAAUGAAGCAGUCCUGUAUCAUGAGGCAGUGCAUUGCUCCGGUCCUGCCACAUACAGCAGUCUGUCUCAUUUGUGGAGAAGCAGGAAAGGAGGACACUGUGGAAGAAGAGGAGGAAAAGUUCAAUUUUAUGCUGAUGGAAUGCUCAAUUUGUAAUGAAAUUGUGCAUCCUGGCUGUUUAAAGGUACAGGAUGGAGAUGGAGUUGUCAACGAAGAGCUUCCAAACUGCUGGGAAUGUCCAAAAUGUAACCAUGAGGGAAAGACAGGGAAAGUCUAUAAGCAGAAAAGAGGGCCAGGGUUUAAGUAUGCCUCCAACCUCCCGGGUUCACUAUUGAAGGAGCAGAGGCAGAACAGAGAACACAAGGACUCUGCAGAGACAACAAAGAAAAAGGGAGACAGAGAGGAAAAUUCCAAACGGAGGUCAGAGGAACAUCCCAAGAAACGACCUGAAGAAUCUGUUCCAAGAAGGAAAUCUGAGGAUGGGCUUGUGAUGCGGAAGCGGAGAAUUACUGAUAGAAAUUCUGAGCCUAUUGCCAGAAAAAAGUUUAAAAUUGGAAAAGAAGAGAAACUAUUGAGGAAGAAGAAAAAAUCCUUGCAGCCAAGUGAAGAUCACCCAACAAUUGUCAAAACAUUGCGAACUAUCAAGCAGGAGCCUGAAGAUGAUCCACCAGAGACACCUCAGAAAACAAAGGAGAGUGACCAGUCUAGGUCAAGCUCUCCAAGAGCUGGUCCCAGUACUGAAAGUGCAGAGGCCAAAGAAAAGAAAAGUGAGAGGUUUAAAGAGAAACGCAAGAAGCGAUUGCACAAUAAAGAACUUAGUAAAGAACUAAGCAAAGAACUCAAUCAGGAGAUUCAUAAAACUGAGACCAGCCUGGCAAAUGAGAAUCAUCAACCGAUUAAAUCUGAAGGAGAGGGUGAAAAAGUAGAGAAGCCUAAACGAUUGCCGGCAAGCAGUGAAAGACUUCACAGAUUAAGCAAAGGAUUAAAUGGGACUCCUAGGCUUAGGCAUCACCUUACCACGAGCUUGAGGCGGGCUCCCAGGGUUAUCACUAGACCCCCACCCUCUGUGUCACCAACUAAGUCCAUUCAAAUGGAGCGACAUGUUGUGCGGCCUCCCCCUGUCAGCCCACCCCCGGACUCUCUGCCCCUUGAUGAUGGUGAAGACCAUGUCAUGCAACGAGAAGUGUGGAUGGCUGUGUUUGGCUACCUCAGUCGAAAAGAUUUAUGCAUUUGCAUGAGAGUCUGUAAAACCUGGAACAGAUGGUGCUGUGACAAGAGGCUUUGGACCAAGAUUGAUUUAAACCGGUGUAAAUCGAUCACACCCCUUAUGCUCAGUGGCAUCAUUAGGAGACAACCUGUAACCCUUGACCUGAGCUGGACAAAUAUAUCGAAAAAGCAGUUAACUUGGCUUAUCAACAGAUUGCCAGGUCUUAAGGACUUGGUUGUUUCAGGCUGCUCCUGGGCAGCAAUCUCUGCACUUUGCAGCUCUAGUUGUCCAUUGCUGAGAACUAUGGAUCUUAGAUGGGUGGAAGGAUUAAAAGAUGCCCAAAUGAGAGAUUUGCUUUCUCCUCCAACAGACAACAGACCAGGUCAAAUUGACAAUCGCAGCAAGCUACGAAAUGUGAUAGACCUUCGUCUGGCUGGACUGGACAUUACAGAUGCAACACUCCGGCUUCUUAUUAGACACAUGCCAACAUUAUCCAGACUGGACCUUAGUUACUGCAAUCAUCUGACAGAUCAAUCAAUUAAUCUAUUAACGGCAGUUGGCACUACAACUAGAGAUUCCUUAACAGACGUCAAUCUAUCAGUUUGCAAUAAAGUCACUGACCAGUGCCUAACCUAUUUCAAACGUUGUGGUAAUAUCUGCCGAAUAGACCUCCGUUACUGCAAACAGGUAACAAAAGAAGGUUGUGAACAAUUCAUAGCAGAAAUGUCUGUUAUUGUCCAGUUCAGUUUGUCAGAGGAAAAACUGUUACAAAAACUCAGUUAACUAAGCAAGAGGAAGAACUGGAACCAUAUAACAGGAUGUUUAAUGUCUUCGGAGAUUUAAUUACACCCUGAUUCUUCUCAUGUUACUGGCAUCAGACAAAAGGAUAAGGAUGAACUGUGGAGAGGACAAAAGCUGCUCAUCCUAACAAAAACUUUUCCACAUCUGAAAAUCAGUCCAAAAUUCAAAUUUAUUUCCUAAGUUUUAAUAAUGUUAUAAAAGGACACUGACGCACAAGUGUAUGUAUUUGUAUAAAGCUAAAUGGCAAAAAAAAAUGAAAAAAAACUAACUUUUUUGUGCACGUUUUACAACUAAAGCAUGUGCAGUGUAAAUUUUAAUUUCAGUUCUUUUAAAAAGAGUCUUAAAACAAGCAUCUUUGACCACACAUUUUGACCAUGUUAUAAAUAUUGUUGUUUUGUUAAACUCUACAUAUCAUACAUUAUGCAGAAAUAUUUUUGUACAGAAAUUACUUUAUUGAGAGUAGUGUGGAAAUUUCAAUAAUUCCAAUGUAACAUUACUUAUAUACAAUUGAAUUCCAAUUUAUUUCAAUUUCCCUGUUUGUUACUUGUGAUUUAAUCUCUGUAAAGUUUCACAUGUUCUAUGUGGAAUGAUCUUUGUGAUGUUUAUAUGUGCCAUCAUCGCCUGCCUUUAAGGCAAGCAGCUUAGCAGCAGUAAUGAUACCGUAAAGUAACAAGAUAUUGGUUUUCCCAUUUGCUGUUUGUCAUUGCUGAAUUUGUAUAAAACCUGUCUUGAAAGCUGUGUACGGAACUAUUGUUAGAUUCACAGGGGAACAAUACUCAAGGUGCUGUACAACACAACUUUUUUUAAACACUUCUCUAAAUGAAAAUGAUCGUUUUCACAGAGAAAACAAUGGUU